AUAUGCUUUAUAUGUCUGCGUUUGGUUUGUUGAGCAGAGUUGGUUCGUUUUAUUUUAUUUGUUCAGUUCAGUUAAUGUACAACAUUGAACAAUCGCGACUUAUAUCUGGUAUUUCUCAGAAAUAUUUAACUUAUCGUUGUCCUUUCUUGAACUCAAAUUAAUAAGGUUGAAUAUGCAUUAAAAAGUAUUCUCUCCUUUUUAAAAGUUAUCCAUAUGAGACGACAUCAGGACAUAAAGAUGACGAAUCGUACGCUCCAAGCCUUACAUUCCCGUCGACAAUUUUCGAUUAAUUAAGCCCCUGCAUUAAUUUAGUGAACAUUAACUUGAAAGCCAGGGCACGUGUCAGUGCUUUUUUUUGUUAUUAUUUCUCAGAAAUAGAAUAUUUUACACAGUUCUGGGAAUUAGAAAACGCUAAAUUCAAUUCCAUAUUUCUGAGAAAUAGAAAUAUCACCGUCGUGCUCAGUUACUAUUGGCGAGGGGUUGCACCGACCAGAAUGGUCUAAGAAAAGAAAGACAGAAAAUUAUUUGUGAUGGCACACCUCAUUAAAUGCUUUCAGAACACCUGUAUUGUUUGCAUGGAUAUACUUUCGUUAUUAUCAUCAUUCCUUCUGCUAAAUGAUACUCCAAGUUAGCAUUCCUAUAUGCUAACUUUUGUAUUUCCAUGCAUUUUCAUCAAACCAAUAUAUUUUUCAAUUCGAGCUGAAAAAAUUAGUUGCAGACGAAGAUCAUCGUCUGUCUCAUCACAUAUUGGCGACUUGGUUUUUGUCAGUACCCUCUCAAAACACCUGUAUUGUUUGCAUGGAUAUACUUUUGGUAUUAUUAUUAUUCCUUCUGCUAAAUGAUACUCCAAGUUAGCAUCCCUAUAUGCUAACGUUCGUAUUUCCCUGCAUUUUCAGCCACCAACAUAUUAUUACGUAUUCAUUGUUCAAGGCAAGCUGAAAAAAGCACAGUGGCAGAAUACCAUCGUCUCAUCACAUAUGCGGCUACUUUCGUUUCUGUUGGCCUUUUGAAGCUUGAACUGAUUACUUCAUUUGAAAUUAAAUUGUUGGAAAGUUUCGACUAUUGAUUGAGCCACCGACGAGCAGCAAUUAUAUCACUACACAAAUGAGUCAGAGAGAAUUCUCAUGGAAGAGACCAUCAAAAGGCGACAAAAACAAUAACAACGAUGACAAGAGAAACAGCGCCAGCGAUGCUAAGUAUAGUUGGACGAGUCACUAUAGGCAAAACAGCAGCAAGUCGUUUUCAGAAGCCAGUAAACCGGUGGCAGGUAAUGCGGAUGAUCUGGAAAACUCACAGACAUUGGGACCUUCAGGAUUCAGUUCCAGCCAAGGUUCUUCAGCUCGAUUGAAAACUGCUGGGGAAGGAGCGAUGAAGCGAGAAAGCAAGCCACCUCAAAAUCAAAAUGAAGCGUAUCUGCACGCCACUGGCCAAUAUCCUGGACGGAAAGAGCCCACAACUUCCCUUCAAAGCACCCCUCUAAAUGCAGGGACAACAGUGAAACCGACUGCCAGUGAUAGUCAUGCUGGCGCUACGGUAUCAACACCUGCGAUCAAUGCAUCUCAAGUCCCUCAGAACACAAACAAAACUUAUUUCCGAGAAGGCGCCACACCACUUACAAACGCCCAUAGUUCGAGUAGCCCCCAGAAGCAAGAAUCAGAUUUGACGAAACAAGUGAACACUAUAAUGGCAUCAAUGCAUUCCCAACAAGAAUUCCUUAAGCAGCAGCAUCAGCAACAGCAGAUGCUAAUUCAUCAGGCAAUGAUGAUGAAUCAAAGACCGCCAAAUUACCCCUCAAAUAUGAUAUCUCAGAAUCCAUGGCAACAAGUACCACCGUUUAAUCCAGGAAUGAUCAACCCGUUUGCUCCAAUCCAGUUGGCCACUAUACAGCAACAACAACAGAAAGAAGAACAAAUACUACUACAACAACAACAGCAGCAGCAUCAACAACAAUAUCAACUCCAGAUGCUCUUAAUGGCGCAGAAUGCAGCUACAGUCCAGGGCGCCAUGAACACGAACAUCAAUCCGAAUCCACCGAUGAUACCAAAUUAUGGGCAACCUGGAUUGCUACCUCUGCAACAGGGAAACAGUAUGCAUACUAAUAUAAUUCAGCCGCAAGCUGUCAGUCAACAACCACCCCUGGUUAAUUCUUCUGGUGUCAAUCCAAUUCAUUAUCAACAAAACAUUCAUGCAAACUCGUCAAAUGGAAACAUGGUUGUCCCAAACACAACAGACUUGUUCUAUCGGGAUUUGGAGGAACAGGGAAGAACCAGUUAUUACAGACUCAAAAUCGUUAAGGAUGAGGUUCGAACCCCAUUCUACUCAUUAGCAUGGGACAUACCUCUUCUGGUUCUGAGCAAAAGCGGAAUGGGAAAAAUUAGACAGUGGAACUUUUCGUUGCGCUGCAGGAAAGAAGUUUACUUGAAGGAAAUCACACUCGAUCAAAUGGAAAGAACUGAGUUCAAAUUAUCCCAAAUCUCAGCUCAUCAUCGCACAGAUGUUGUAGCUGUAGAUGCUUUACUUCAUGAGGGAUGUCUGAAUUGGAAAGAUACAAAUGGGAAAAAAGUUACUUUCGCUGUUGUGCAGGUUGAAUACAAUCCUCCAGCUAAUUCAGGAAAAGAGCAAAAAGUAGAAGUUUGUAUACAGUUUCAUUUAUCCAACGAAACUGUUUUUGAGAAAUAUAUUCAAGUCGUUAAAGUGCCUGAAGGAUUUGCCGGGCAGAGUUACGAACGAGAGUCCAUCGAAACUUACUCAGCUCCCCACAUGGGAGUAAAGAAGCGCAGGGUCGUGACUUCUGACUAUCGUAUGGACAACUGGACAAAAAAUUUAGAAGACAGGUACAAACUGCGUCCAGAUUGUUCCGAGCUCGGACCACCGGAUGUGCGAGAAAUGAGAAAAGAGUCUUACAAGGGUGAUAUGCACAGAGCUCUCUUCUUGGAGGAAAUGGCCCAGACAAGUGCCCUUGAUGACAUCUCGUUCCAAGCUAAUGUCGACUUUGUCACUGCAUAUCCGAACGGAGACAAUAAGUACAUCAAAGCCAACAAGAAGACUCUUUUUGCAAUUUGCAAAUGUCCGUUUACGGUAACUGAGAACUCCAUCAGAGGCGAAGCUCUGAAUGAUGUAGCUGCAUACGUAAUUCUGUCUCGCAGGGGGGACUGGGACAGGUCUGACGUCUCAAUCAACUGCAUUUCUGGCAAAAUUGUGAAUAGAUUCUUCCGAGCUGAGACAGAGACGUACUCUAUUUAUGACUUGAGAAGAGAGGUGCGGAAUUACUAUUUGGUUGCUCAACUGAACAAAGAAGAGAUCACUUCUCUCAGGUACGAAGAAGGACGCAGUGAAUACAUGUAUGUUGAGUUGCUCCUCAACAGAAAACUUUUCCUGCAUUGUCAUUAUUCCAUAGAUCAAAUUGCAGAUGUGUCCCCGUUGGUGCCUGACGCAUUCGAACUCAGUUACAGCCAGAAACCUCCAUGGUAUGUGCCUACGUUGGAUCUUCUGGAAGAGCACGAACAAAUUGCGUUGAUCAAUCAGAAUAAAGUUAACAUUAUGCAAUGCGAGCAAGACUGGAGGCGACAAUACAAAUGCAAGAAUGCAAGUUGUUUGAGGAGGACUCCCGCGGAGCACCAAAAAGUCCAAAAUUAUCAAAAUCAGUUCAGAGAGCGAUACUUUCUCUCGGAUUUGAACUACAAGCAACAAGAGGCCUGCGAAGCAUGUUGGUUCAAUGACACUACAAAGAGCAAGUCCUACCCGCCCAUACUUAUCAGUGGGCCAUUCGGCACUGGCAAAACAUACACGAUCGCUCAUGCCACUACUAAAAUAGUAAAAGACUUCUACUCUUGUAGAAUUCUUAUCUGCAUUGUGUCGAGAAACACAGGCAACGCGUAUCAUCGUCAGCUCGUUGAAUCCAAUCUCGGCGACAAAUGCAUUCGCCUGUUUUCAGAAGAUGACGAUUUGAGCUCGGUCGAUCGGGAUUUGCUGAAAUACUCCAACUGUUCUGGUGGAACGCUGCCGAAGUUCAGAGAUCCGAGAAGAGAAGAAAUCGAGAACAAAAAUGUAGUCAUAGUUACCUUGUCGGCUACGAUGCUUCUACAUAAGUUGAACUUUGAUGUGGAUCACUUCAGUCACGUGUUCAUAGACGAAGCUGCUCAGGUAGCCGAAUUCUUCCUAGUGCCUGUGUUAGCUUUUGCGUCGACCAGAAACAAGCUGUGCAUGACUGGUGAUGUGAUGCAAUUGAAUCCAUUUCUGUUCAGCAGAGCUCUAUCCGAUUCCUUCUGCCACUCAAUUGUGCAGAGGUUCUCCCAAAUGGUGUACAACAAACGCUGUGGGUUCCGAUUUGACCUGGACGUGAACUACAGAUCUCACGUGGAGAUCCUCAAGUUCGCCUAUGGACACUUCUACCAUAUGAUGUACAAUGACCAGAGCGAGACCAAAUCGGAACAAUCGAUUCCAGGAAUCAACCACCCCCUGCAGUUCUGGGGCGUGCCGGGGAGCAGAGUGAGUGUCCACCCGAAAGUGGCCUCUCCCUGCAACUGGGCAGAGGCGAACCAGGUCGCCUCACUGGUACGUAGUAUUCUGCUGGCCAAUGUAGAUGCCCCCUGGCUCAAGACACAGGGCAUAGGAAUCGUCACGUGCUACGAGGGCCAAGUGAAGGCUAUCCGAGAGUGUCUUUGGGAGGAAGAAUUGAGUUUGGAUUGUAGCGAUUCAUCAGUGGCAGUAGUGGACGUGGACUUAGUGAGGAACAUACAGGGAAGACAGUACAGACUACUCAUCCUCUCGCUAGUCACAGAUGUCAAAUCUGUCAUGGACACACUCACGGACAAUACAAAGAGACACAACGACCUUGGAUUCCUCGCAGACCCCAAAUUAGUGUGCACAGCACUCACGCGGGCCAUCUCGGCAGUCUAUGUGGUGGGGGACGCCACUGCCCUCUUACUCGCAUCCGAGACUGCACCCUGCUACCCUAUUUGGCAACAGUACGUCGAGCUCACAAUCCGAAAAAAAGCACUCUCAAAUGACAAUUACGAGCGACUGAACACACGAAUCAAUAAAAUGAGAGAGUUAGUUGAUCAGAUGCGAAAGGCGAGAGAGACAUCGUCUCGUCAGCCAAUGGGAGAGCAGCACAGUUUACUGAGGCAGCAGUCGGAAAUUGUGCACAAAAUGAACUCAAUGAGUUUCAAAUGAAAAACAAGAGAUAAUAGAAACUAUACGAGGCAAGACAACUCCCAUGACACGACUCAUCAAUUUAACUUGCCUUUGAUUUGAAAUUAGAAAAGACAUUAUCCUAUUAGAUUAAAAAUUAAAUUUUCUC